CCGCGAUUUCCUGUCCACGCCGAUCCAAACACCCCCGCAGCAAGCCAGCGGACCAGCAAUCCCGCAAGCAGCAGUAUUCGCCGAGCCUCCCCCCCUUUACGGCCUUUGAUACUGUCUGAGGCUACGCCGUUCUACUUCGUUGCAACAUCCUUAUCGAACACGAGGCCAGUCUGCUCCCCAUAAUGGCACGGAAGGGAAAGAGAAAGGUCCAUGUCCAGGCCGAGGUCGCCGACUCCGAGAUCGACUAUCGAAAGGGUGCCUCGGUCAAGGCCAUCAACACCUUCGAGGAUAUAGGCGGCGAUUCUGAAGAUGAAUUCCAUCAACAGCGCGAAAGCAUUUCGCUCGGCGGUGCUUCACUUUAUGACCGAAAGGACGACUCUGAUGCUGGAUCCGAGGUCGAGGUGAUGGGUCUGGAUGUCCAAGACUCGGACAUGGAAAGCGAACCAGAUUAUGAUGAAGUGGACGACGAGGACGACGAGGAUGACCCCGACGAGCAGCUUUUGGACAAGAUCCGACGGAAUCUGAAGCAGCCUGAGAUGGUAGACGAUAUCCUCGACACGCGCGACAAAGACGAAGAAAUUGACCCUCGAAGCUGGGGCCGGUCACGAAGGAGCUUUUACGACGGUGAAGAUGAUCUCGACGACGAUAUUGCCAAGGAAGAAGAGAUUGAGGCGCUGAGGAUGCGGAAGGAGCGCCUGGAUGAAAUGGGUGAAGAGGAUUACAUCGACGACCUGGAAGACAGCCUGGCCCGGCGAGUCAAGGGUGAAGCCGGAAUGAAGGCCGAGACCCUGGUUCCAGUCUCGACCGACGACUUUGACCAUCUGAACAUCAACGGUGGCCUCUUUGGAUCGUCGACGCCCCAAGUCGAAGUGCUCGACAAGGGCUUGAGCACUCUGUCGCCCGACAAGCUGGCAGAGAUCGUGCGCAAUACCGAGCCCGAGAUUAUCCAUUUGCUGGAAGAAUUCCGAGAGCGGUGGGAAGAGCUCCAUCUCGUCAUCGGUCCAGCCGUCAAGUUUUGCUACGGACACGUCGAAACGCACGGCGACUCGUUGCUCUCUGCAUCGCUGUCGUACCUUCGUCUGAAAUACCGGCUCCUGCUCGUGUACCUCACCAAUGUAGCCUUCUACCUCGCAUACCGAGCCAACCCACCGCCAGCUGUCGACGCCAAGCAGCACCCGGUGGUCGACACUCUGGUGACUCUCCGCGAAAUGCUGGAAAAGAUCGAGAGUGAGGUCGAGGGUAAGGUCAACGACGACGAUGCUGCCGAUGCCGGGUCCAAGAAGAAGAGCAAGAAGGGCAAGAGGGCCCAGAACAAAGCCAAGGGCAUGGUCAAGCUGAUGGCUGGCGUUCAUCUGCUCGUUGAAGGCGGGCUCGAGAGCGAUGGUGACGAUGACGGUGACGAUGACGCAAGCCUCGGCGUUGACGACGCGGAAGCUGAUGAGGACUUUGAGGACCCUGAGGACUCGACGCAUCGAAUCGAGUCUCAAACGAGAACGACAUCCAAGGCUUCCAAAAAGCCCAAGAAGGGCAAGGACAAGGACAAGGCGGCGGCCCGGUUCGCUGACCACACCGAUGACGCAAACGAUGUUCCUGAAGUCGAGUUUGUCAAGCUCGGCGGCAAGAAUAUGCUGGAAAAGAAGAAAAAGAAGGCGAACAAAGCAGCCAUCUCCGAUUUUGGCGAGGAUCGGGAGCUUGAUGAUGUGGACAUCCUGGACAAGGAGGAGAAACGACGAAGUCUGCGGUUCCACGUCACUCGCAUCGACCAGGCCAUUUCGAAAUCUCAAAAACGGCUGCGCAGUGGUGACGAAGAUAUCCCGCUGCGGGAUCGAUUUGGCCGUGUUGUUCAGUCCGCCAAGCCUGAGCCAUCCAAGGGGGAGGACAGCAAAAAGGACAGACGACGAGGCGCCGAUCUGAGCGAUCUGGAUCCCCUCGAUAGCGAGCGACCCGAAAAUAAUAAGCGCGGCCGAGACGAGGACCUUGAAUUUGAUCCAAACGACAUUAAUAUCGGCGAUGAUCUCAUGGACGAGAUGAUGGAGCUGCACGAGGAGUACGACCGAGGCGACGACGCCGACAAAAAGUCGUCCGAACGCAAGAGCGGUCGUGGCCGUUCGAGCGGUGACAAGGACGAUGCUCUGGAGUACUACACGAGCGUGCAGAAAUCCAAGCGGGCCAAGAAGGAGGAGCGCGAAACCGCUGUGAUGGACAUGAAGCAGCGCGACCUCGAGAACAGAUACUACGAGAACGACAGCGUCGGCGAAGGCGAAAAGCGUCACAUCAACUUCACGAUCCUCAAGAACAAGGGCCUGACCCCGAGCCGCCCGAAGGCCAAUCGCAACCCCCGUGUCAAGCGCAGACUCAAGUACGAGGCCGCCGUCAAGAAGCUGCCGUCAUACCGCCGCGUUGCUGCCGACAAGUCCAAGCUCGGGGCAUAUGCCGGCGAGAGCACGGGCAUCAAGGCCAACACCUCGCGAAGUGUGCGCUUCGUUUGAGACGAAAUGCUGCAAUAAAUGGCGUACAAGCCGAUUUCCCGGCGAAUGCGGGUGUGUGCGGCCUGCACUGGAAAUGGGC